AUGGGGCACCAAAAGACGCGUGCCAAGGUCAAGGCCACCGGCAAAGGGAUGUUGAAGAGGAGCGUCAAGCUUAACGACCUCGAGGUGGAGGAGGAACUGGUCCUGGCCCGGGAGAGCAGCGAGGAGAGGGUGCUGGAGUGGACCAUCGUCCGUACCUCGCUUCCAGUCACCAACUGGGCGGGGCGACUGAGCGUCAGGCCCGUGGGCCGCUCUCGAUCUCGGGUCUCCUUUGAGUGCACUUUCGACUCGCUGGACCGAGACAUGAAGGCCCUCUUCGCCAAACUCUACGACGAGGGCCUCAACAGGAUCAAGGUCUCCUGUGAGGGCUGA